AAGUUUGUUACAGUUUUGCAGCAUCUACUAUACAAGCGCAGUUAAAAUUUUUCAAAAAAAAAGUAUAAAGUUUAAAUUUUUAAAAAUUACAAAAAAAAAAUAUGUGGUUAUAUUUAUUCAGCAUAUUAACAAUCGGAAGUGCUCAAUCGUUGACAAUUGGCUAUCCAUUCCGAUCACUAUUGGCUCAUGAUUCUAGGCAUGGUCAAUUGAAAGAAAAAAAUACAGCUACCCAAGGAUUUUUAGUUUAUUUGGACAAUAGCGGAAUUGAACGUAUAGUUAGCUAUAAUUAUGCUGAACCAGUUUAUGCCAUACACCAAAUCAGUUAUAUAAAUAGGGAAGGUCCCAUACUUCAAGCGUUAGGACCAGCUGAAUCCAGUGAUAUCAAUAAAGCUCAAGAGGCACAUUUUCGUGGAUGGUCCUUACAACAAUAUCAAGUUUUAAAACGAGAAAUUGAUCUGUUGAGAGAAGAAGGCAAGGAGCCUUCAGCUGAAACAUUAUUGAAAUUCAUACCAUUGGAAAAAAUUGCUCUUACAGCGGACUAUUCAAAAAUAGCGGAGCUCCCAGAAAUAAAGCAAAUACGAGAAGAGCAUUUGAAUAUUUGGAAACAGGUAUCUCAGGGGAAUGAACAUAAAAUUAUAGAAAACCAGGCUAAUGACAAAAUUGAUGAAAUAAAAAAAUCGGAUGUUCUAGAUUCAAACGCUAAAACCAACAUUUCACCAAAUGAUAGUGAAAAUAAAUUCAUUAUAAAUCAUACAAACAUAACUAAAUUAUCGGAUGAGAUGAAAACUGAAAAAUCAGAAAUAAGUUUUGCUACUAAAAUCGGCACUGAAAGUGAAAUCGAAAGAAGAGCAGCAUCUGAAUUGAAUGCUACAGAUUUGAAUAUAUCCUCGCCAGAGAAAAUACCAUAUAAUAUAGGAAAACUCAUGGAAGAUAUUACAAAUGAAACCCUAACAGAAUCUAAAGAAAAUUUUCCAUCAAUAGAAGAGCCCAACCAAAAGGAAUCAAGUAAAGUGAACAUUGAUCAAACAUUAGUAAAAGUACAACCACUGCAGGUUCUUGACACACCAGAAGUUUUGAAAGUACGUGAAGAGCAUUUAAGUCUAGUUAAGCAAGCAAAUAAUGAAUAUAAUGUUCAAAAGAAUACACAAAGUGAAUUGGAAAAACUAAUUUCGACAGCUCCUAAAAUUUAUGUGCCUCAACAGGCUGUUGAUACUGCUGAAGUUAUGCGGGCUAGAGAUGAACACUUACGCAUUGUUGCUGAAGCCAUUCGAAGGGUUAAAUUGGCUCAAGGACAGCAACAGCAGCAGGAAAUUACAACAAAACCGUCCAAUAUAAAUGAUUCGAAGGAAAUGGAAAACUCAGAAUUAUUCUUAAAUUCAGAACAGGAUUUACAAAUUUAAAUAUGUGAUUACUUUUAUGACAAAAUUUCGUUAAAUUGAUUAUUGUUUAUGUUGUGGUCUAAAUAAAUAUAAUAUUUUAUUAAAAAUCUA